GAAACAAUCGCAGGCGGUUGGACCUGUGUGUUCUCCACAACGGCAGUGAAGCAGACGCGGUGUCACACGCGUGUAGUGGCUUCUAUUUUCUUCCUCUUCUUCUCCCGUAUUUUCCUUUCAUGAAAUCUGCUCGUUGUGGACACGAUUUCCUCCUCCUUCGCAGAAAGAAUGCGCUGUUCUUUUCGUUGCCUGUGCAGUAAGAUCGACCUCGAUGGCGUCUCGUCCAGGUACUACCCGCGGUUUCGUCCCCGCCGGCUCGUGAUGCCGGUCGAUCCGAGCGACGUGCACAGCGCCAAGCGCCAGCCGAGCCCGUUGUACGAGGUGCUAAAGGCGCAGACGCGGCGGCGCCGACAAGCGGAGCGGCGGGGCGUCGUGCAGCUCGGCACCGUGCCCGCGGAGCGCAGCGUCGGCGACGCGUUCCGUCUAAUGUUGGAGGCGUGUGCGUUCCAGCAGUUGUUUUCUGACACCGCGCUCACACCCGUCGCCGUGCGCGAGUUGGAGGCACUGGUGGACGCGCAUAGGAAGUCAAAACAGGAGCGGAAGGCGAAGGGUGCAGCAGCAGGAGCAGACAGCCACCUUCAUUGCGGUGCGGCGGAGGAUAACCCAAAGAAGACAACGGAAGCAAGCAUCAAAGCGCACCACACAUCCGUGAUCGCCUCUCCCUUGUACUCCGUCGCCUUUCACGACAGCGUCGUCCCUGUCGCCGCUCAGCAUCUUUCCUCCACCGCACCCAAUGACACCAACAGCAACCAUACGCUUUCUGUGCGUAUGGUGGACACGCUGUGGGACAUGCUGGAUCACACCCCGCUCAACUCCCCCGUACACGGCGAGCUGGCCCUGCGUGGCGACGCUGUUGUCCGCACCACACUGCUCGAGCUCGCCUACGAAGCCUACCCGCGUCUCCGCUCGAGGCACGUCCAGCAGCUGCUGCACGAAACAACCGGAUUGCUGCCGUGCGGGCGAGUUGCCAUUCGCAUCGGUUUUGCGGAGCAGUGCGGGGUAGAGGGCGACAUUGCGAUGUGGCGGGAGUUAAAUACGCUGUCAGAGCGACUGCGACUCGCGCGAAAGCAGGCGACGGUGCACCUUCAGCGAAUGGAGAAGGGCGUGGCGGCGCAGCGGCGAUGGUACUGGCGGGCGGUGCUGCGUUCUGCGGCGGGGCGGCUGAAGCUGUUCCCGGUGCACAAGGAGGAUCUGCUGCCGCGAUUGGAGUGGAUACGCAGCUCGCUGUUUGCCUUCAUUGCGUUUGUCGAAAUGGCAGAGCAGUCGGGCGACACGCAGGCACGGGUGAAGCCGCUGAUUUCACAUCUCUUUGCCAGUCAGUUGGCGCGGCACGUGCGGCGCCGACGCGUGCUGGACGCUGCGGCAGCCGCCGUUGAAUCUCUCACGGCGAACGCCAAUGCUCCCACGGAAGCUUUUUCGUCAGAUUCUCCAUCGAGAACGGCUGAGGAAUCAGCUGGAAAAGAAGGAGGGAACGACAAUUCAGACCUUUUGCUUGCCGCGGAGCGUGUGGCAGCAGAGCUGGCGCGAGUAACAGCACGAACAUCAGAUGAGGAGGAAGUGCUUGAGGAGCGUACGCAUCCCAUGAACCGCCGUGCCGAUCGCACACGAGACCAGUACGAGUCCAGCGGUGGCGCCCACGGCACUCAGAUGCUGCACGAUGAGUCCUUAGAGCGCCACGCAGAGGCACAUGCGCGGCUGGCGCCGCCGUUGCUGCUGCACGCACUCUCCUCGACGACUAUCAACGCUUUUAAAGAGGCGCAGCUCGUGCUCCGCUACGCGCCGGAGACGUCCGAAACGCUGCGGCACGCGCCGAUCGAUGUGGAGCAGGCCGUGCGGCGUGUGGUGGAUGUGCAGGAAACGAACAGCUACGCCGCGUUGCACCACGCACAGCAGUACCGGCAGGUAGAGUACACGGUGUGUCGUCUGUACGCUGGCAAACACUGCCUCGGCGAGGGCAAAGGGGAGACGCUGAUGUCGGCGAUGCAGGACGCGUCACUCGAGAUGCUUUUUCGCUACUACUUCGCCUCCCCAUCAUCUCCGACACCGUCGGCAGCAACCUCGACGGAGAGCCAAGGAGGAAAGAAGAGGCGAAAUGAAGUGGGCGUAAUCUCGUUGAAAGACGGCGUUCAGGAGGAUGGGGAUGAUGGCGGUAGUGUUCCCGCUGCUCGCAUACACCCUCCGCAUACGGAGGAAGAGAUUCUGCUCUGA